UCCGCCACAUUGCACACCUCACCUCUCGCCGACAAUGAAUAGCAUCAAAGCCGUGGUUGUGUGCUGCCUCCUGGUGGUCGUCUCCGCCGGUGUAGACCGAAGCGGAUUCCUUCCUGGAGGCUUCGGUGGCGUCGACGGAGGCGGUCUCUUCGACGGCGAUAUUUAUGGGGGAGGAAUCCAGAGUGGUGGUGGUUUCAUCGGCCCUGGAAUCUCCAACGGCCCAAGCGAGUGCAGGUAUUGGUGCAAGACUCCGGAGGAUCAAGCCUACUGCUGCGAGACGGUGGACGAACCAGAGACACCUGUUGGUACCAAGCCACUCAACUGCCCACAAGUCCGUCCCACAUGCCCACGUUUCCAUGGGCCCCCCAUAACUUGUUCCAACGACUACAAGUGUGGUGACCUCGAUAAGUGUUGCUUCGACAGGUGUUUGGGAGAACACGUGUGCAAACCUCCCUCAUUUUUCAAUAAUAAUCCAUUCUAAAGGUGAUUGUUGGUAAUGAAAAGACAGGAAAUCUAUUUGUAUAUACUUGUUUUUGAAUAAUAAAACGUUAUAUAUGAGUA